AUGAUUGAUAUUCAAGAAGACUUGAGGCUAUAUUCAUACAUCACUUUUGUUUUGAGCUUGAUCUUUCUAUUUCAGCAUGGGAUGGGUGUUCCUUCCAUCUCCAUCAUGUUGCAUGAGCUCAUCAAACUGCUGUACCAUGCAAAGUGUCAGGGUGUGGUCCUCUUUCGCCUGGGAACAUCUGGUGGACUUGGUCUACCUCCAGGGACAGUGGUGAUCACUGAUAAAGCAGUGGACCACUCUUUCCAGCCUCAGUUUGAACAGGUGGUUCUGGGUAAGGUUAUCACCCGGAGCACUGAGCUGGAUGAAGGCGUGGCCAGUGACCUUCUGCAGUGCUCCUCUGAGCUCCAAAACAUACCGUCAGUCAUCGGAAACACCAUGUGCACCCAUGACUUCUAUGAAGGUCAAGGCCGACUCGAUGGGGCGCUGUGCUCCUUUUCUCCUGAAGAAAAACUGGAAUAUCUGAGGAAGGCUUACGAGGCUGGAGUUAGGAACAUUGAAAUGGAGUCUGCGGUUUUUGCUGCUAUGUGCCGUGUUUGUAGUCUCAAAGCGGCUGUGAUCUGCGUAACAUUGCUGGAUCGCUUUGAGGGAGACCAGAUCACUGUACCUCAUGAUGUCCUGCUGGAGUACCAGCACCGAUCUCAGGCACUGGUGUCCCACUUUAUCAAGAAACACCUGGGAUAUAUCGUCUAAAAAUCUCUCUCAUCCUUUCCAAGCCCCCCCAUCCUAAAAGAAGUGUAUAUUACCUUGUAGAUAUGUACAUACUGUAUCUGUCAUGUUGAUAUAU